GGUGCUGUUACGGACUUUCGGGCAGGAUCCCCUACGUUUGUUUAGAUUUACUAUUGAAGUUGCUUGUUUGUCCGAAGCAGGGACAUGGAAAUCGCCGCAUGCAAGUUUACAAACUACACUGAAUUUAAAGCGAAGCGGUGCCGCAGUAGUUUGAUGUAAACGCAGACAGGAGAUCGCGGUUCAUAGUUGAAUUUAGCAGCAGCAACUUGCGGAGCUUACCUUUAAUUUUUUUUUCCACUGAAUCUGGAAACCGUUCCAACCGCAGGCUAGCGGAUCCCCCGUUGGCUGUGGGCGGGGCUUAGCGGGCCUAUUUAUACGGUAACGGAACGAUCUCUGUAGUUUACGAGUCCGUUCAAUAGUUUUACAUCAGCCAUGUGCUUCAUGAAAUGGGGAGUCGCGCUGAUGUUGUUCUGCUGUGUGCAGGAACGAGUGAAGUCACAUGAAAUCGAAGUGAAGUGUCGUGAAUAUAAUGGCUCACCUGCUGCCAAUAAUAUCUCUCCGUCUUUGCUGGCGGACUUGAAAGUGGAGAAGGUGACAGUGGGAAAAAAUUAUAUGCUGAAUGUCAGCUGGGCGAUCAACAUUGAUGCUAGUAUUAAAUAUCUGAAUGGAACUUUGAUCAAAAUUUCGGGGGAACCAGACUACUACUGUGAAUACGACCCACAUUUGACCAAGGCAAACAUCACUGGGCAGGUAUGGUUUCAUUAUCUGGUAAAAGUAGGCCAUGGUGACUUGGUCAUCCAAGCUGCCAAUCUCCCUUUGCCUCCACUGAAUAGUGGCCCCUCUUACAAGUUUGUACAAAUCAGGAUACCUUAUCCAAAACAACCACCUUCUCCUCAAAUUCCUACAGAUUUCACUCCACGUUUUAAAGAUUUCACUCCAGUUGUGACCACUACCUCACCCUUGGAAAUAGAACGGGUAGCUGUCAUCAUUUUUGGAGCACUGGGUGGUUUGAUGAUCCUGAGUUCCUGCUUCAUAAUGUAUAAAAGCUUUGGACACAAAAUCGCCAGAAUACCUUGGCCUCCCAUGGUCCCUGUCCCUGUCCUUUUGGUGUACCCUCCUGAGAAUCCAGCCUUCCAGCAGGCUGUGGUGGCCCUGGCAGAGUUCCUGCAGUGUCACAGCAGCUGCAGCGUGGCUAUCGACAUGUGGCAGCAGGGGAGGAUUGCAGAGCUGGGGCCAAUACGCUGGCUUGCAGAACAGGCCAAGGCUGCAGACCAAGUGCUCAUCAUCUGCCCACAGGUAGACAUUCCCUCUUCACAGCCUGGCUACUUUCCUCCCAACCGCAACUUCCCAGAACCCUCCAUUCCAGCAGCAGCUCAUGACCUUUACCCCCUGAUCCUCAACAUGGUUGCCAGCCACACAAAGAGUGCUAAUGACCUGGCUAAGUUCUGGGUGGUGCAGCUGGGCAAGCAGCAGGACAAAGGGGCUAGUAAAUUGCCACUGGAACUGAGGGCUUGCAAGUCAUUUUGUUUGAUGAAGGAUUUGAAGAAACUGUGCCGGAGUCUUCAUUCUCACAGACAGGAUAAGAAGAAGAUAUCAGAUCUGAUCUUCAGAUCAGGGGUUUCCUUCAGUGAAAAGAGUACAGCAAAGUUAAGAAAAGCUAUAGAAAAGCAUUUCCAGAGAGGAGACACCACUUUAGAACUGUCACUUUUGUAUGAAAAUGUAUAAUGAAAAUGUUUAGAUUGAUAUAGAGGAUGGGUCAGAACAGAUCUGUAAAUGACCAACUCUGCCAUUAUCUUUACUUUUUUGUAAAGUGCAAAAAAAAAUUAUUUUUGUUACAGAUGACAUAGACUUAUUCUCAUUUUGGUAAAAAACAAAACCUGCUUAUAUGCUGUAGUGUGGUCUGUCACUGUGUCAUCUAUGGUUUGCAGGACUGCAUUAUAUUAUAUAUUAUUUUGUAUUAACAUAAAUGCAUUUCCAUCAAACAUUUCAUUCAGGAGGAAGGUCCUAGCUGGUGGUUGUUUUCUGAAGCAUGUUUGAAGGUCAUGACUUAUUUCUGACUAAUUAGACGAUAACAUGAAAAGGUUUCUUAAUUUCUUAAUCUGAAAGUCAUUUUGUAGAUGUGUGUCUUUUUGUCUAUGUAUAUUAUUCCUGUGAUAAAGUGGACAGCUUUCUGAGGCAUCCCACUUCUCUCCCAGUGCAUACAGGGAAAAAUAUAUGGUUUUGGCAGAGGACCCAGUCACUGUCAUCUGCAGAUGACAGGGCUGACCCACUGAGGCCCUCUGCCAAAACCAUAUGCAGCAGUAUAUACAACAGUAUACAGUUAAAGCAUGCUGACAAGUUAAAAGAGGGACGUUCCAUUUAUGUAUUUAUAUAGCAUGUGAGACUAUGGAAUUUCUGAAAGAAGGAGUAACAAGGUUUUCCUUAUAUAAAUAAAAAGUUGAGCCCUU